AUGGCCGAUUACGAACAGCUGUUCUCCAACUGUACGCUGGAUGUUAUCGUGCCCAGUGUCCAGGUCGAGUUCCCGAAGGGUCCCAGCAGCUCACCUGGACCCGAGUGGUGGUCCGCGUUGAAGGACGAAGCGCGAGCGCGAGACCAGACAUUCUUCGACGAGCUCCUAGAGUUCUGGCUCGCGUUGCGCAUCGACAGUACAAACGCCGAAGACGUGCCCGCGGAUCCUGCAAAACCGCCUAUCCACAUCCUGGCCUUCCUCGCGCACGUCCAAGUCGCCUUGGAGGCCAUGUACAUCGCGCCUGCGCCCACGCAGAGCAGCUCGACGCUGCGGACGCCGCCGAGGACGGCGGCGUCCAUGGGCAGACUGAAGCCGCCUCCGCAGAAGCGCGGGGCCGCGGCGCAAGCGGGCAUCUCUAUAUUCCCGCCCACGACUCCACAUCCGACGCCCGCUGCGAACGAGGCGGAUAAGCGCUAUGCGAGGAGCGAGGGCACGAUGCUGCUGGCUAGCGUGUGGGGCGAGAGUCCAUCAAAGGAGGCGCAGGAGACGGAGACGUUCGCGCUGGCGUGGAAUGCGACGGACAAGGUCUGGGUGGCCUUUUACAAGCUAUCGUUGUCUGUAGCGUUUCUUCGGAUGAAUGUCGCCAACCCGUUGUUGUGCUUAACGGUGUCGGCGACGUUGCGUGAUAAAGCCAUCGCCGUCACACCCGCUCGACAACCGUUGCAAGAUCUCAUCGACGCAGUCGGCGGCCUACCCGCGGUGACAUCCACCUCUGACGACUCAUCGAGAGGCCUUGACGGCGACAAGCACACGAAUGACCUCAAGGGCCUUGAUGAGGUCAAUCUCCUCGAGGGACUUGCAGCAGCUCCUACGUUCUCCGAUGACAAGUCACUUGUACUACCUUCGACACGAUUGGGACCCUCCACCCGCAGACAGCUCUCUCUUGUCCCGCUUUCCGACUCACCCUCUCAGAAUGCCUCUCCCGCAUCCAACAUGACGACGGCACGGACGGCUCUCACGGGUACUUCGACGAUGCGCAAAUCCUACCGCAAGACCCUUCCGGCCGUGUCCGGCUUCACCGUGCGCAUGCGCACUGUCUUCGUGCCCUACGUUCUCCUGCCUUCGUCCAACGUAUCGGACGAGCUCGAGGCGGGAAGCGAGGAGAACACCGUCGUGCUCUGCGUCGAGAUCGACAACACGGGCGACUCAGGCGUUGGCUUUGCGGUGGAGAGCGUGGACGUUAACAUCGGUGGCGAGGGUGCGACGGCCCGGUUGAUAGGAUGGGGAGAGACGGGGUUCCGCGACCCGGACAAAGUCUUUCCAAUCCGGGCUGGCCCCUUGGAGCAGUACAACUUGCUUUAUGCCGUGACGUUCUUGCGUCCGCCGGAUGCGGACGAGGUGAGGCUCGGCCGACCCGAUGCCAGGGCGGAUCCACUCAAGGCGGGGGACUUGCAGAGGGCGGUGUCAAUCGUGGUCAAUGGGCGACCCUACGCCAAGCCCGAAGACGCUGCAACCAAGACCGAAUACGAAUAUCCUACGCAUCCGUUCUCCUCCCGAUGGAACUGCAUCCUCGAUCUCUCUCCGCGACGGAAUCGGACGAGCCUUCGCGAUUCGCGCGACCUUGAGAGCUUCGGCCUCUCUUCCGCGCGGGACGCCCUCCCCGAACCCGCUUCACCUUUCCCGGAAAUAAUGAGUCCGCACACCGCCAAGGCAUCUACGUUCGCUCAGGCGCAAACGCAGGCAUCCCCCGCUGCUGUAGCAGGCAGUAAGCGGCAUACACUCGCCGCGAUUACCACUAAUAUGGAUCCUGGACUGCGCAAGACGGUGCCAGCGAACUACCGCUUGUCGACGUCGAUGCUAAACCCCGCCUUUCAACGAGACCGGGAUUCGUUAGGGACGUACUUUCCCGCUGGCAAGGCGGGCUCCGCGACGGCGCUUCCACCCUCGAUCAACAUUCCGUCUGCUGGUAGACGUACGCCAACCACGUACGACGGCCCGAGCCCUGGCCCUGUGCCGCGCUCGCCCCCUCUUCCCGCUCUUCCACCCGGCGCAACUCGACCGAGCAUCGACUCGAGCUUCGCGCAGGACGUGUACGCGGCCAUACCCCCGACGCCCGCCUAUCCGGCGUACGACCCGCAAUCGCCGCUUCCCCCGAUGGCCCAUUCUCAGGGACCCGUGCAGGGGCAGCACGCGGACGCGGUGGGCGUCGGCCCCAGCGUGGAAGCCCGCAGGCAGAGAGGGGUCGCGAUGAGGGACGGUGUGGGCGCCGUGACGCCCGGUACUCCGGGACCUACGGCCGGUCUGAGCACCGGCACUCCGACCGGGUUCAAUCAACUUGGGUUUGGCCUGAGAGCGGCGGGAUCUGUGGGGCCGGACGAGGGAGAGCCUAUCGUGGUCUCUGUGAGCUUGCUACCUCAGGAACGUUCGCGAGGCUCCAGCACCGAUGAUGAAGUCGACGAGGACGAGGCGGAUCAAAGAAUAUACCCAUUGGACAAAUUCACGCUGGACGUGUUCGUGUUCAACCAGUCGAGUUGGACCAGAAGGUUCGAGCUCAGCGUACCGGACAAGAGGAGGAGGCGGCAGGAGAGGAUAGAGGGCACGUACUUUUCCGACGUGCCCGAGGUAUCUGGUGGUGGAGUGGACAGCGCAUUUGCGAGCUCCGAGGCUCCCGGAAUCGUCGCGCUGGAAAAUCGGAUUCGUAUCGGGCCGCUCAGGCCGUCGACGUGCCAGUCCAUACGAAUGGACUUCAUGGCCCUCACACCUGGCGUGCAUUGUGUUGAUGCUCUCACAUUGACCGAUGUCGAGACCGGAUAUACCGUGAACAUGCGGUCUGUGUUGGACGUUGUCGUCCACGAGGCCGGAGCGAGCUAGCCGACGACAAUGAAUGAGCAAUGAUUGGUGUCUGUCGGCAUAGUAGCUGUCUCUCCGUCGGGAGAAGCAAUUUGGAAGACGAUUGUCCACUCUGCCUACGUACUGAAAGCGUUGCCAUGCUGCUUGUGCAGUUCACUGCAGCCAGACCGGAAUUUUGAUAUCAACGAACCCUGGAAUU